ACAAGACGUCAUACUUACGCGACCAGCACUGCUACUGUUGCCGCAGAAAAACACGGGAAGCUUCUUCUCAGGGACUUUUGACUCUUCAAACGAUGUCGACUGCUAUGAAUUUCGGGUCGAAGAGUUUUAAACCUCGGGCUCCUGACAAAGGCUCGUUCCCUCUGGAUCAUUUCGGGGAGUGUAAAACCUUCAAGGAGACGUUUAUGAAAUGCCUGAGAGACAACAGUUUUGACAACUCAAUGUGCAGACUGCAGUCCAAAGACUACCUCGAGUGCCGCAUGAAUAAUCAGCUGAUGGCCAAGGAGCCUCUGGAGAAACUAGGAUUCAAGGAUCUGAUGGACCAACCUCCCAGCCAAGCAGACAAAGACACUAAACCCUGAACAACACAAAGUCCUCAAAACCCAA